ACAGAGACUCUGACACCAACAUGUUGUUGUUUCUCCUCUUGUUCAGUCUCACGCUGGGUGCUGUGUGUCCUUCAGAUGACCGCACAGUGAAGCUACAGCGUGGCAGCUGUCCCAUGUUCUGGUACAGCUUCAAUGGCCGCUGCUACAAGUACGUUGCCACACGUUUGAACUGGGCUGAUGCAGAGCUCCACUGUGUGUCAGAGAAAGCCAACCUGGUGUCUAUCCACAGUCUGGAGGAAGAGAUUUUCGUCAAAUCCCUGAUCAAGAACUUUGACCACGCUGAGGGACGAACGUGGAUCGGACUCAGCGACAUCCAUAAAGAAGGCAGAUGGAUGUGGUCUGAUGGUUGUGCAGUGGAUUUUGUCUUUUGGGGUACUCGAGAGCCAAACAACACUGGAGGCAACGAACACUGUGUUUUAAACAACUAUGAAAACGAGAUGAAAUGGAAUGAUGGCCAGUGUUCUGAUAUGUAUCCUUCUGUUUGUGCAUCUCGCAUAACCUGUCCAUAACAACUGAGAUAGUUAUAUGUCUGAUUCAACCUGGUGACUGCAUUCGACCUCCACAAUAAACAUACAAAUCUA